UCACAGAUUAGCGACAAGCCUCUGGAGGGGAUAUAAAAGGGGGUUUGUUUUUUGCGUAAAGCGCAUUCUAAAAAUAAGGAAUGGAGAAGUUGAUUACGCUUGCAUUGCUCGUGCUUGCAGCUUGUGCGCACCCGAUGAGGGAGGAGCAGAUAAAUGGAGAGAAUGGCUGGAGUCUACCCAAUGGCACUUGGCUGGGACUAAUGGAAGGCGAGGAAUUAAGCGAAAUCCAUUCAGAUGUAGCAUUUUAUUUGUACACCAACAACAACCCUACGGAAGGGCAUCACAUCAGCUACGAUGAAAAGUCCAUUCGAGGCUCUCACUUUCAUGUCGAGCGUCCCACAAAGUUCGUCAUACAUGGUUGGAAGGGCAGCUACAAGGAUGCCAUGAACAAGUGGAUUACGAGUGCCUGGCUCUCCCGUGGAGACUUUAAUAUAAUCGUUGUCGAUUGGGCGGCCUCUCGUACUGAGAACUAUGUAAGUGCAGCGAAAGCCGUUGGAAGCGCAGGAUAUAAAGUGGGCGAGAUGAUUGAGCAUUUGCAUCGGAGCUUCGACAUGCCUGUGAAAAAUCUUGAAAUAAUUGGACAUAGCUUAGGAGCCCAUGUGGCAGGUUUUGCAGGCAAAAGAGUUGCUGAGAGUUCAGAUAAAGUACAUGCUAUUGUGGGACUGGAUCCAGCCAUGCCUCUCUUCAGCUGGGAUAAGCCGGAAAAGCGACUGGCCAGCACAGAUGCAAACUAUGUUGAGUCCAUACAAACAAAUGGCGGCAAAUUGGGAUUCAUCAAGCCCAUCGGAAGGGGCACCUUCUAUCCAAACGGUGGCAAACGGCAGCCCGGAUGUGGUGAUGACUUGGAUGGCCUUUGUGCUCACACACGCUCUGUUACCUACUAUGUGGAAGCCGUGGAACGGGAUAACUUUGGCAGCAUCCGUUGUGCCGACUAUAAAGCAGCCGUUGCCAUGGAAUGUGCCAACCAAUACAUGGGAGUGCGCAUGGGAGCGGUUACCAAUGCCUACAUGGUCAACGGAGACUUCUAUGUGCCCGUCAACAAUGAGGCUCCUUACGGCAUGAUAACAUAGAUGCCUAAAUCUAUGCUGAAACUAGUAACUAGUGCGCUUGAUUAUGAGAUAAGCUGCUAGGACUGACGUAUGGAAUAUUGGUUUAUUCCCAAGAAUAAACAAACAAUAGAAGUGUUUAUCUUAAUGAAA